UGAAAACGGAUCCUAUUUAUUUGCGUCUAGUUCAUUAUAGAAGUUUCCAUCCAAAAAUCAAGAAUUUAUCAAGUAGACAUAUUGAACGAAAACCGGAUACUCAAUAUAAACUCACUUUAAUCGGAAAGAGAGAAAAAAGAGGUCGCAACCAUUUUAGCAUUGCAAAUUGAACUGCGAGUACGAAAGGUACUGCGAAUUAGGGCAGGUUUGCAUAGGACCGCCGCUCAUAUACACCCAAAUAAAGCGCGCGUUACCUGCUGAUGGAUGAAUGAGUGUCUCUGUCAAGCGCUCGUGGCUUGAUUAGAAGCGUCUCGUGCAUUUGAUGUGCGCUGUAACACUCAAGACAGUGUGUUUGACUUAUUACUGGAACAGACACAAUGGGAUGCACGUCCAGCACUCAGACCACAGCUCAAGACACAACACGACCCAGCACCAAACGAGAUGGAGGUACAGAUGAGACGGGUAAUGAAAACGGUGGUCCCGCAGCAGACAGUGAGACAAUUCCAGACCAGUCACAGGCUGAAGAAUCUCCACAGACUACAAAUGAAGCUGCAGAGGAAGCACAGAGCCCCCCAGCAGUGGAUGAGACCGUCACACCUGACGCUGCUGAAUCUGUAGAAGCUACCCCUGACCAGCCUGAAGAAGCACAAACCAACCCUUCCACCACAGCUGAAAGCAAUGGAGAACCUGCACCAGCACAAAGUGAAAACACAACUGAGGAGCAGAAGGAUUCCUCUCCUCCAGAGGAAGCAGCUGAAAACACAACCGAAUCUCCGCCGGAGGAAGCUCCUGCCUCUACUGAAGAAAGUUAAGUCUGAAUGGAUUGCCACAGCUCCUGCAGAACCCAGAUUAGGAACACUCAUAAAACCAGGACUUUCAAGUACAACAUGUUAAGUUAGUGUAUAAUUAUUUAUUGCUUGCUUAUUGCCAAGACAUAGACCAGCUGGUCUAUGAAGUCUCUGUGCCUGUCUUUAUACAGUAUAUAUAUAUAUACAUUUAGAGAGAAUGAAAAUACCCCACACCAAGUAUAGUUAAAUACAUUAGAAGUGCUUUAACUAUAGAUUUUCUA